AUGCAUAUCUCAAUUACUUCCCUCCUCUCGACACCGCUGUUCUGUGCGGUCGCCGUGCUCGCCAGCCAAGCUACUGACGAUGUGUCAACAUUAGGCACUGAGGCUGCCAAAGCGAGCAAUCAAUCGCUUCUAUGGGGCCCUUAUAAACCGAACUUGUAUUUUGGGGUUCGUCCUCGGAUCCCCAAUAGUGUUUUUGCGGGCUUGAUGUGGGCAAAAGUGGACAACUACGCCACCGCUCAAGAGAACUUUAGACAUACUUGCGAGCAAAAUGAAGGAAUGGCCGGAUACGGCUGGGAAGAGUACGAUGUUCGGAAAGGCGGCCGCGAAACAAUCCACGACGCCGGAAACUCGCUCGACUUGACCAUCGAUUUCGUGAAGGUCCCUGGCGGACAACAUGGAGGCAGCUGGGCUGCUCGAGUGAAGGGUGUGCCUCGCGAGGAUGCGCUGCCCAACCAACCAACAACGAUCGUCUUCUACGCCGGAUUGGAGGGACUCGGCAGCUUGGAUGUCUCGACGGAGAGCGACGACCCUAGGGGAUUCGAGGGCGACGUCAAACUGAAAGGGUACACGUCAGAGCUGGCAGAUUUCUCGAUAGAUGUAACUACAGGCCCUGAGAGUAAUGAACAUCCCGAACAUGUUCAUCCCUCAUAUGAGGAUAGGCCGUUGGAUCGUACCCUGGUAUCGAGUUCGACAGUACCGCUUGAGCAUACCUGGCAGACAAAGGCACUUCUUUUCACGCAAAUGAAGCAGGCAGUCGAUGAGACCGUUGGGAAAUAUGGUGCAGAGAGUCCUCCACCACCUGCGCAAGUUUUCACCAUCAAGAACUCGCCGGGCGAUGGCAAUAUGCAAUUUGUCCAAAAGAUUUUCAGUGGCGCCUUUGAGUUUGAUGUUCUUUUCUCAUCAGGCUCUUCGCCAGGGCCUCUGACUUCUGAGACCUUGACUAGUGAAAUCAAGAGCGCUUCGCUUUCCUUUUCCGAGAGAUUCAAGAGGAUACUCUCCCCCCAGUCCCCUUUCAAUACAGCAGACUACAUUGAAUUCUCCAAGUCCAUGCUCUCAAACCUCGUUGGUGGCAUUGGCUUUUUCCAUGGCACCGAUGUCGUUGACCGCUCGGCCGCCCCCGAGUAUGAUGAGGAAAACGAAGGCUUCUGGGAGGAAACACAAGAAGCGAGAGCUCGAGCACAGCCUGUGCUUGAGGGGCCAAAGGAUCUCUUUACGUCUGUUCCAUCCCGACCAUUUUUCCCUCGUGGCUUCCUAUGGGAUGAGGGUUUCCACCUUUUACCAGUCUUGGACUGGGACCCAGAUCUUGCACUCGAAAUCGUCAAAAGUUGGUUCAGUUUGAUGGAUGAAGAUGGCUGGAUUGCCCGCGAACAGAUCCUGGGUAGUGAGGCUCGUAGCAAGGUUCCACCUGAGUUCACAGUCCAAUAUCCCCAUUACGCCAACCCCCCGACGCUGUUCAUGGUCCUCGAAGCGUUCAUCGAUAAACUUGAUGCUAAGGAAGAGUCGGCUCAGACUUACCGUGAAGACAACGAGAGUCUGCAAUCCGUCUACGUAACGAAACCCGAGUUGGGAGAAGGUUUUAUCCGAUCCAUUUACCCAUUGCUCAAGAAACAUUAUUUCUGGUACAGGUCCACCCAAGGUGGUGACAUCAAGUCUUACGACCGUGAGGCAUUUUCGAGCAAAGAGGCAUACCGCUGGCGUGGACGGUCUGUUCAGCACAUCUUGACAUCCGGAUUUGAUGACUACCCUCGUGCCCAACCGCCUCACCCUGGUGAACUUCAUGUUGAUCUCAUUAGCUGGAUGGGCAUGAUGACCCGGGCGCUUCGCCGCAUUGCCAAUACCCUUGGCGAGAGCGAGGAUGCUGAGGAGUUCAAGGCCUACGAAACUGCAAUUGAAAGAAACAUUGAUGAUCUCCACUGGGAUGCAGAUGCACAGACUUUCUGUGAUGCUACCAUCGAUGAAUACGAAGAGUCGGUUCACGUCUGCCAUAAGGGCUAUGUUUCGAUCGCACCAUUCUUGACAGGCAUGGUGGGCCCAGAUAGCCCUCACUUGAAGGCCGUCAUGGAUUUGAUUGAAGACCCAGAGGAACUUUGGAGUGACUACGGUAUCCGGAGUCUCAGUAAGCAGGAUGAAUUCUACAACACUGCCGAGAACUACUGGAGAAGCCCGGUGUGGAUGAACAUUAACUACCUUGUUCUCAAGAACCUUUAUGAUAUUGCACUUGCACCUGGCCCUCAGCAGAGCCGGGCCUCUGCAGCAUAUACCAAACUACGAAAGAACUUGGUUGACAAUGUAUUCCGAGAGUGGAAGGAAACCGGAUUUGCCUGGGAGCAGUAUAACCCAGAAACAGGUAAAGGGCAGAGGACGCAGCAUUUCACAGGCUGGACCAGCUUGGUGGUCAAGAUUAUGUCCAUGCCUGAAGUUCCCGCCAGCGAGAGAACAGGUCACGACGAGCUAUAA